ACACAACCACAUCAAAUCACAGUAACCUUUGCGUGACGGCGAAAUUGUUUCUUCUCGUCUUCGAAAUGUCAUCCGACAGCUUAGUUCGUCCCGGUCUGACGACGCCCUUUACCGGCAGCCUGCCCGAGAUCAAGCUGCGCCUGCGCAGGAAAGUGCCGAAGCUGACCGCGAACGAUGUCCGGCGGGCCCGCAUUCCGUACUACGAAGCGAUCGCCAGCGAGCUGUACGAGGCCGGGUACGUGCAUGCCGCCUUCCUGCUGCUGCAUCUGAUCGAGUACGAGGACGGGUACGUUGGGCGGACGUCUUACGCGGCGGUCGAGAGCCGUCGGCUACGAAACGAUGAACAGCUGCUCAACUAUUUGGGCGAUGCGCUGGCGGCGGCAGAGGGCUGGAAGACCCGGCAGCAGUACGAGCGGGAGGUGGCCGAGCUGCUCGCCAUUGCGCGCCAUUUCGGACCGGAUCCGGAGAAGCGAUGGUUGGUGGGGCAAUUUUUUCGCAUCGCACUCGAUCGCUGUGCGGAGUGUAGCCCGCGGGAGCGUGUCAGGGCGCAAUCGAUGGUUAGAUAUUACUAUGGGAAGUUUUUAAUCGACCAGAGACAGCACCUGGAAGCGAUGAAGCUGUUGGAGGAGGCGGAUGGCGAUCUGGAACACGCUUGUCCGGGAGUCCGGGACGGUUGGAGCACGCUGGAGGAGGAUGGCGAACCGCUGUCGAUCGCCAUUAACACGUUGCUGUUUGUGAGUAAUCGUAGCCUGGCGGAGGAGAUGGCGAAAUCGCCAACGUGGAUGGUGGAGCAGUACGUAAGGGACGCUCACAAGGCAGCUCUGAAAACUCGGAAAGCAUCCAUCAUGGCCCAGUCCUACCAAGCGUACGGUGAGUUCCUGUGCGCAAAAGGAUGCCUCGAGGAGUCGCUGGAGAUGUACAGGAACGCACUGCAGCAGGCAGAGCUGGAUGGUGAGCUGCCAGAUUUGGCCGUCUCUGUCGCUCUAGCGCAGGCAAAAUCGUACCAUCUGCUCGGUCAAACGGUAAAGCGUGAAGCAAUGCUGGCCCGUGUCGAUCGUAUGACAAAGCCCACCGAGAACUCGCUAAGCCGUGGCCAUUAUCUUCUCACUGCCGCGACCCUCCAGCAGCAAGACGCCAAGGAAGAUCCGCCUAAAAUGACCGCACUGCUGCAGAGCCUCCAGCAGGCGGCAUCGGUGUUCGAGCAGUUUCGCCAGCGUGACAAAUCACUCGAGGCACGCUGUCUCGAGGGACUGCUGCGCGCAGAACCGCUGUUUACAGCGUAUGCCACGCUGGUCCCGGCCGCCAUUAGCACUUCCGAUGAGGCACUUUACCGCGUGAUUGAUCAGGUCGGCUUCUGAGACGAAUUUUGGGGAACCUCGGGGGUGACUUCCCACUGCUAUUAAAGAGAGGUUUAGGCGGUUGUUUCCAUUCGAGAA